AUGUCUCCUCCCAUUCAACUGUUUCUGACGACCAUAGCGUCUCAGCCUGCGCUCAGGCAGCGUCAAGAAUACCUUCUACGCAUCUUGCAGGCCAAGAAGAUACCAUUCAAGUCGUAUGAUCUGGCAUCAGACGAAGAAGCGAAGAAAUUAUGGAAGAGGAAGGCUCCGCGAGACAAGCAACAAUUACCUGGCAUCCUAGUUGGUAACAGGUUCCCUGGGACAUUUAACGAUUUCGAAGAAGCAGUCGAGUACGACGAACUUACCCAAUUCCUCCGACUGAAAGACCCAUGGGACCCAGCUCUCGACGAAGACCAUCCCCAACUGCAAGAAGUCCCGAUAGGCGUCCCCGGCGCCAGCUCUCCCUCCCAAAUGGCCAAACUCGAACACAAAGCCUCUUUCAACAACACCCCUUCUCCCUCCCCCCUCAAAGGAAAAGCCGGUCGCCCCUCCCUCGGACCCCACCUUAGUCCCGAGUCGGCCGCGCAUGAUCCGGCGAUGCAGAGCGUCGUGGCUGAGAUCAGGAAGAGGAAUGAGGAGGAGUUCGAUAUAUCGGAGGAAUUGAGCGGGUAUGGGUUGCAGGGAGUGAAGGUUACGCACGAUGACUUGUUGGAGUUGGUGAAGGACCUUGGGCUGGAUGGGGAUGAUGCGGGAGAUUUGGUCAAGGGUCUGAGUGACAUGACAGGAGAUAGCGGUAAGAAGAAGGAGACAAAGCCUUUGGCGAAAAAGGCGACAUCGAAGGUCGAAUCGAAGUCGGGAGAUGGAUCCAAGGUCGAGCCUCUUGCGAAGAAAGAGGUCACGAAGGAAGAGGGCAAGAAAGAGGCUGGCUCUGAGAUAGUGAAGGUAGACGAGCCCUCUGUGAAAGAGAACGCGCCCGUUCCAUCACCCGUGGCGGAGAAAGAGAAGGAGAAAGAUCCUGAGCCGAAGGCAGAGACAAAGGAAGAAGAGAAGAAGGAGCCUGAAACGACGGCAGAGACAAAUGAAGCAGUCAAGGAAGAGGAAAAGGAAGAGCAGACGGGAGAGAAGAAGAAAGAAGAGAAGGUAGAGGAAAAGGAAGAGCAGACCGGAGAGAAGAAGAAAGAAGAGAAGGUAGAGAAAAAAGUAUCUGGAGCCAGCGAGAAACCGUCAGCAGAGGACAAGACAGAGACGGAUGUACCAGAGGUGAAGGUGAGCGGCACUGAAGCUGAAGCUUGA